CGCCACCUCGUCCCCCACCACCACCACCACCGCCAUGAAACCCAACACCCCUCCCACCACCACCACCACUGCACUGUUCCCUCCCACUCUACGCAGGCAUCCACAAGGUUCUUUCAAUCCAUCUCACAUUUUUAACAGCGCACUGGAUUUUCACCCAGGAAUAUUUGAACACAUUUUACGCCACUUUAGUGCAAUUUGGAUAAAGAUGCUGCAGGGUUGCUGAUACGGGCGGCGGGGGCCUGCAGGCAAGGGGUCGGACUCGCACCUCCAGUCAAGCUGAUUGACAAGGCAGACCAGACUUGGAUGGUGCUAAUACGCUAAAGGGAACCAACCCAAGACCAAGAUGGAAUUUCGAUUGGGCUUUAGGAUCACGCUUUUCUUGGUCAUCCUGGCCGUGACGCUUUCUGGAGAUGGAGUGGAAGCCCAAAGGGCAGGGUGCAAAAAUGUCCACUAUGACUUGGCAUUCAUCCUGGAUACCUCAUCCAGUGUGGGCAAGGAGAACUUUGAGAAGAUCAGGCAAUGGGUGGCCAACCUGGUGGAGUCUUUUGACGUGGCUCCAGAUAAGACCAGAGUGGCCGUGGUUCGCUUCAGUGACCGGCCCACCACCGAGUUCCACCUAGGGAGAUACCGGACCUUGGAGGAGGUGAAGCAAGCCGCCAGGAACAUACGCUACCUGGGGGGGAAUACAAUGACUGGGGAUGCUAUCAGUUACACCACCAACAACGUCUUUUUGGAGCUAAACGGAGCGAGGCCCGCGGCUCGAGGGAUCCAGAAGGUGGCCAUCCUGCUCACAGACGGCCGAAGUCAGGAUUACGUGCUGGAGCCGUCCAGGGCGGCCGCAAGGGCUGGCAUCAGGAUGUUCGCAGUGGGCAUCGGCGAGGCACUAAAGGUGGAGCUGGAGGAGAUUGCGGCAGAGCCAAAGAAUGCCCACGUCUUCCACGUGACCGACUUCAACGCCAUCGAUAAGAUCAGGGGCAGGCUCAGGAGGAGGCUGUGCGAAAAUGUUCUAUGUCCAAACAUGAAGGUGCAGCCUGAUCGCUUUAAACACAACAGCACCAGUUAUGGCCUUCAACAGGUUCCAGGGUUUGACCUGAUGGAGUACUUCAGUGUCAGAGAUAUUCUGGGCACCAAACUCGACGAGGGUCAGAGUGCGUACGUCCGUCUUGGCACCAUGCCCAUUGUACAGCAGGCGGACGAUGUUUUCCCACAGGGGCUGCCAGAUGAAUACGCCUUUGUGACGACAUUUAAAUUCAGGAAAACCUCAAGGCGAGAGGAUUGGUACCUCUGGCAGGUCUUUGACAAAUAUGGAAUCCCGCAGGUGUCUAUCAGGCUGGACGGCGAGAACAAGGCAGUGGAGUACAACGCCGUCGGGCUGACCAAGGACGCCGUCCGAGCCGUGUUCAAAAACUCCGAAGUGGACAACCUGUUCGACCGCAACUGGCACAAGAUAGCGCUGAGCGUGGAGGCCAAGACUGUGUCUCUCUACCUGGACUGUAAACACAUCCAGACGCUGCCCAUUGGCGACAGGGAGGACAUCGACAUCCGAGGGAAGACGGUCAUCGGGAAGAGAUUGUAUGACAGCGUGCCCAUUGAUUUUGACCUCCAGAGGAUGGUUAUUUACUGCGACUCCAAACACGCCGAGCUGGAAACCUGCUGCGAUUUACCCAAUGGGCCUUGCCCUAAGAAGGUAGUUACUGAGGCUCCUCCAAUCGCGAUCCCCACUCCGACACCCACCACAGUGGAGCAGCAAAGGGGACCCCAAGCCAACUGCUCCUGUCCUGGUGGAGACAAGGGAGAGGCUGGUGCACCCGGCCGUGCAGGUCUCAGGGGUGAAAAGGGCGAUGCCGGCCCUCGAGGUGCCACCGGUCUGUCGGGCCUCAAAGGAGAAAAAGGAGAAAGUGGCAAAGUCAUCUCUGUUAGAGUUGAUAGAGGUGAGAAGGGUGAUAGAGGCAGCAUAGGGCUGACAGGUGCCCCCGGAAAAAAAGGAGAGAAGGGAGCCGGCAGUGUUCCCGGUAUCGAUGGUCUAUCUGGAGACAAAGGCGACAAAGGAGAGGCUGGGCGCACUGGGAAUCCAGGACUUCCUGGUCUGGUUGGAGAAAAGGGCAUUCAAGGCGAUGCAGGCUAUGCAGGAAGACCGGGACCAAAAGGUGUCACUGGUGACGAGGGAGAAAAAGGAUCAACAGGACAAAGCGGAGAGCGCGGUUUGGACGGAUUACCUGGAAAACCUGGCAUUCAUGGCAAAGAUGGCUUAAGGGGACAGGCUGGCUUGCCCGGGGCUAGUGGGGUAAAAGGUGAUAAGGGGGAACAAGGAAUUCCCGGAUUACCUGGUGAUGUGUAUCAUAAAGAGGGCCUAAGGGGAGAAAAGGGAGAGAUUGGCUUUCCGGGACCUCCAGGGGCUGAUGGCCCACUCGGACCGCCUGGGCCUCCCGGGCAACAGGGAAUACCAGGGGAGCCUGGGGAGUUUGGUCAAAGGGGAAAGAAAGGUGAAAGUGGAUUGCCUGGUCUAGAUGGACUCCCCGGACCGAUCGGUCCGCAGGGUCCACCAGGACCGCCAGGCAACAAUGGUAACACUGGACCACCUGGCCUGCCAGGUGAAAUUGGAUUUUCCGGCAAACCUGGCGAGCCCGGAAAGCCUGGCCUUCCUGGUAAAGAUGGGCUGGAUGGUCUUCCUGGAAAUGAUGGUGCUAUGGGGCCCAGAGGAGAACGUGGAGCAGAUGGUUUUCCUGGCAAGGCUGGACCAAAGGGAGAUGAUGGGCCUCCAGGACCAAGAGGACCUCCGGGAGAGCGAGGAUUGGCUGGCCCUCCUGGUGUAGCUGGUGCUGAUGGAACAAGAGGAGAGAGGGGAAGUCCUGGUGACAGGGGACAAGAGGGACCAUUCGGGCCAAAAGGUGAAAAGGGUGACAAGGGUGAAGUAGGAGCCAGGGGACUGCCCGGUGUGCCUGGAAAUGUGGCAAGUGUCAUUCCUGAGCCGGGUGAACCAGGAAAAACAGGAGAAAAAGGAGAAAAGGGGGACCAAGGACAAACUGGAGAAAUGGGCCCGAGGGGAUUACCUGGGGAGCAAGGCCUUAAGGGUCCACCUGGACUAGCGGGUCCAAAAGGAGACAUAGGACUUCAAGGAGAGACAGGACGUGUUGGGGACCCAGGGCCUCCUGGUGUAGCUGGUCCUCAAGGGCCUCGCGGGCUACCGGGCAACGUGGGCAUACCAGGCAUCACUGGGCCUCCUGGUCCAGCUGGAGAGAGAGGAGACAAGGGAGAGUCAGGCAAACCAGGGCAAGCAGGUCAACGAGGACCACCUGGAGAGCCUGGUUUGAUUGGACCCCAAGGACCAACAGGGAAAGGAAAAGAUGGACUAACUGGAGAACCAGGAUCACGGGGAAAUGAAGGACCCCCAGGACUGAAGGGCCCCCCGGGGGCGAGAGGAGAGCCAGGCGUACCAGGGGACAGGGGCUCCCCAGGGGAAGGCAAAACCGGACCUCAGGGCCCUCCUGGAAAUAAUGGGAAUCCUGGAACUCCUGGCUUGAGGGGUCUACCUGGCAUUGCAGGUCCCGAUGGCCCCCCAGGACAUAAUGGACUACCAGGAAGGCCGGGAGAGAAGGGAUCACCUGGAGAGCCUGGAAAAGCAGCAGACCUUUCUGACAUAAAACUUAAGGACAUCUGCUCUGACUGCCCAGCGGGUCCGCCUGGGCCAGCUGGUCUCCCGGGACUGCCAGGUGACAAAGGACAACAUGGAUCUCCUGGGAAAGAUGGUCAAGAUGGCUACCAAGGCGCACCAGGACUACCGGGACCUCAAGGACCACCCGGGGCUGACGGUGGAAAGGGACUUAAAGGUGAGCAAGGAACUUCUGGAAUGCCAGGAGAUAAAGGAGAAAAGGGUCACCCUGGACCUCCAGGCCACCCCGGACCUGCUGGAAUGAUGGGCACAGCGGGUAAUGAUGGACAACCUGGUCCUCCUGGUCCCCAAGGACCCCCUGGAGAAAAGGGCAAAGAGGGUCUCAAAGGGAUUCAGGGUCCUCCGGGUCUUCCUGGCUUGAUCGGUCCACCUGGAAAAAUCGGAAAAGACGGCAUACAAGGUGAACAAGGAGAACCAGGCAAACAAGGUGAACCCGGACCACUAGGAAAUCCUGGGCUCCGGGGACUCCCAGGCUUCAAGGGCCACAGAGGAGAACAUGGUUCUCCCGGGUCAAAGGGAGAAGAUGGAAAGCCUGGAUUACCUGGAAGGGAUGGCAAACCUGGCAAGGAGGGUCCAAAGGGGCCUCCAGGACCAGAGGGACUUGUUGGACCAAGAGGAGAGACAGGAAAGCAGGGUGAACCGGGGCCGUCGGGCAAAGCAGGUCUCCCAGGAACUCCAGGGAUGCGAGGGGAAAGAGGCGAGCCCGGAAGUCCAGGAUUACCGGGCUUCAGUGGACCUAAAGGGCCUGCAGGUCCACAUGGUCCAACUGGUCCAGAAGGGAAACAGGGAAUGCCAGGCCGAGUGGGUGAUCGUGGCCUCCACGGGGCAAAAGGUGACUCAGGCAUGAAAGGAGAUAAAGGACAAUCAGGAGAACCAGGUAUGCCAGGAAACACAGGACCACCCGGCAGAAAGGGCCACACUGGGAUGAUGGGCAUGUCAGGACCACCUGGUGAAAUGGGAUCUCCUGGGCCACAAGGACCUUCUGGGAACCCUGGAAUCCCAGGCCCGAGGGGGGAGUCGGCAUCACUGGAGCAGAUGAGAAGGCUCAUUCAGGAGGAACUGGCUAAGCAACUGGACGCCAAAUUGGCCUACCUCAUGGCUCAGAUGCAACCAGCCCACGUGAAGAGUUCGGUAGGACGCCCAGGACCACCCGGCCCUUCAGGUAAAGACGGCAACCCUGGACGAACUGGCCCACCUGGUGAACCGGGAAUACCUGGACUGAAUGGAGGCGAAGGAGUGAGGGGACCCAUGGGCCCUAAAGGUGAAAAGGGUACUAAAGGAGACAAGGGAGAUUCUGGGGUUGGUGAAAGAGGAGAGCAAGGCCCUCCUGGUGCAAUGGGUCCAGCUGGUAUGCCUGGUUAUGGUAAAGAUGGAAGCCCAGGACAAGCUGGAGCCCAAGGAGAGCCAGGAAACCCAGGCCCCCACGGUCAACCCGGCCCUUCAGGACCAUCUGGCCAAUGCGACCCCUCUCAGUGCGCCUACUACGCCAGCCUUGCGAACAGACCUCACACCAAAAAUGUCAAGGGGACUUAAAAUUACAAAAAGAUGACACCAAGAGCUUGAAGUACAGCUGUAUUUAUGAACAUUGUCUGAAUCAAGAACAUUUUGGGGGGAGAAAAAAACCUCACUUUUGGAGGACUGAAGCAAUAAGUGCUGAUGGUCAUUAUUUGUUUUCUUUUUUUUGUUUUUUUGGGUAUGAUGCUUGCAAUUAAUGGGGGAUUGGACGCUGGGGACUUUUUAAAAUGGAAUGUGGGGUAAAGAGGGCAGCUAAAUAUGUUUUCCUGACUUGCAUGCUUCCUGUAAAAUAUAUCAGGAGACAAGAUGGAAGAUGCGGGUCCCUCCAGGUAUGUCAAGCUAUAGAUUUGUCUCAGUGUCUAUUACUGCUCACUAGAAUGAUCAGAUGCUGGUCAAUCUGUUGGGUAAUCGCUCGGUGUUGGGGUUAUUAUUUUGCUGAUAUUGGGUUGGGGUGGGGGGCUUUGGGAAGCCAUGUUUGGAUUAUUAGGCAGUAUUAACAAUUGUUGAUGGGAAUGAUGGUAGACCAUAUUUGUGCAUUAUGUAGCCUCAAAUGGGAUAAUUUUUGCCCAGCUUGUCCAAAAUAGAGGUAAGUAGUAGUGGCCUCUUUUUGAUGCGUUUAAGCUUUAACAAUGGAAGAAACCUACUGCCAUGCAACUCACCUCCCACCCUCCCAACUCAUUGAUUUGAGUCUUUCUACCUCUGGGAGAGAUUGGGACGGUUUUUAAUUCUAAGAUCUGGUUUGUUAUAUAUAUAUAAAAAAGGAAAAAAAAUCAAGACUUUGCAAAUGAUUUUGCACGGAUUUAAAAGUGAGUGACAAAUUUCUGAAAGCACUUUCUGUUUAUUAAAGAGGACUAACCUGGCACGUCUGUCAGCGCAUUGACUUGAGUGUUGAACCUCUCGGCUCUUUGCUGUCAGCUAGCUUUUUUGAAAGACUCGUUGCUUCUCACCACUUUCUCGUGUGCCACUUUAUGAAUCUUUCGUGAGACUUCAUAAGAGCUUACACAUGAAAGGGCCAAGUAAGCUAACUUUUUUUGUCCCCCAGUUUCUUGUUAUAUUAUCAAAUGUGCUGGUCAUCACACAAAAAAUAUUUCACAAAAAUAAACUCAAGAAGGAAUUUUUGGGACUUGAAAACCCAAUAAACGAGAGAAGAUAUUGGAUUAACUAUUGCUUUACGCUCUAUUGAGCUAUUAUUGUAAUUUAUGUGACGCCAAGAUAAUGCAUAACUUCCAAAUAAAUGAUCCCAUCUUUAUGUCUGUUAUCUUCUUUAUCUUUCUUUGAGAUGGUCAAACAAUUAGUCAUGUCUCUUAAUUUUCUAAAGGAUUUUACAGCCCUCAGUCAGACAUGCCUUAGUAACGCAUGUAAUGUACAAAACACAGAACCAUUUACUGUAGUUACCUUUGCUGAUUUGAAAAGCAUAUUUCAAGUCCCUUUAUUCAGUACUGCAAUAAAUUCUGUUUUUAUCUGGGGAAAAUGGUGCUAUUUUUUUCCCUUCAAAUAGUAGCAUAUUGUAAGUAUUUGAAAGACUCAUGUAAUGUACUGUACUAUAAAGACUGGAAUAAAUUCAUUUCAAACCACA